UCACGGUCGUGGUUGCGGUCGUCGAGGAACGUAGUACGGUGCGAUGCAAUGUUGACCCGGUGGUGGGGUGGACUCUCGGCACGCAAUAAUUGCCUCGGACCGAGACAACGGCUUUUCAUAGAGAAUUAGUCGCGGCACGUCGCUCCAUCUUUAUCGGAGAGUCUCGCUCUCUUUUUCUCAAGGACGACGACGACGACGACGACGAGGACAGAGGAAAUGGAUGCGGCGUUCACCAGCACGGCAAAUCGAGCACGUUGGUCCGCGGGGGCAGAAUCUUUCGCCGGCUCGGGAGGGCAUCGCUGCCGCUGCUGGUGAAGCUUUCGCUGGGCGACGGACUGACGUCCCGCGGCAUGAGGCGGGAAACCGGAGGGCACUGGCAGAAAGCCCGACGCUGACCGUUGGCGCCAUUGGCUCCGCGGCUGGAGAAGAUCUGCCGGUAUAUGCCACGUGAGCUCGAAGCACCUGAAAAAGAUAACUCGGAUUUAGCAAGUUUGCGAGAAUCGUUCGUUGGAAGGAUGUGCAUGCAUCGCUCGGUGGAGCCCGGGCUCGGCCUCCGUCGACUGGCAGCAGCAGGACCUGAUUCGGAUUCAAUGUUUCCGCCCUAGGCUCUGCAGCUGCGGAUCGUAGGUCGCGCUUUGUGGCUUUGGCGGACACUUCGGAUGGAGAAGGGGCAGAUCUCCUCCUCCUCUGAUAGGGAAGGGCUGGAUAAUUAGCUGGGCGAAAUUGGGCGUGUGCGCGUUCGGGGGUGGCGAGAAUGCUGCAGCAGUGCGCGCUCCGCAGGCGAGGAAUCGUGUCAGACGACGACGACGCUGGACGCAAAUGGUGAAGGAGAAUUCUUAUAAUACUCGUGAACUUGAAGAGAAUUCUGGGGUUUAAAUUGUACAUUUCAUGACACAACCGACUCCAGAAGCGAGAACGAGAGUCGCUGCUGCUGACCCUUGGAGGUUGUAAUGGCCCAAACGUAUGCGACUUCUGCUCUUUCGACGAGGUUGAGCGAAAAUUUAUUACUCUCAAAACUUGGGGAAGACUGUUCACACCAGCGUUCGAAAACUAUGAGCAGAAGCAAUUUUCUUGGGAACGUGAAUACGCUUUCAUCUGGCGCCACACUUUUACCCUGCAUAAGCCAAAGGCGGAGAGAUUUUACAACAGCGGUAUCAAACUCCCACAAAGAAAGAAAUGGACACUUCCAGCAGGCGAUUCGGAAGGUGUUCGCAGCUCCCACUGUCCCAGGCCUUAGUACAGCGACGCUGUCGGAGUCAUGUACGGCUCGGUUCCCAGGCUGGGUUAGAAAGGUUGGAUCCGGUCCUUUCCGGCGGCCGGUGAAGAUAUCAUCAUCCACUUUGCAAGUCUCAGUUGAGCCCAACGCGGACUUUUCUGUAAGACUUGACAAUGAAGCCAGAUCAGGAUUGACAGUAGUGGAAAUUGAAGGAGUCGACCAAGAAAACUUACUUGCUGAUGUCACAAGUGCAUUCAGUGAAUUGGGUGUAAGUGUUCAGAGUGCCAAAGUCUCCACUAGUAAUGACCGAAUUCGAGAUAUCUUCUCAGUCGUGGACUCAGAGACUAAGAGAGCCAUACCUGAAGAGAAAUGGAGUAUGAUUAAGGAAAAGGUGCUCAUAAGUUUGAAGCAUCGUAAAAGUCAAGAGUCAAAACUGGAGGAUCCCCUUCUUUUGGAUCAGGUAUCAUUUCUUUGCUCAGCGCUGGACAAGGUGGUGACCGAGCAUGGCAAAGCAGAUGUGGUUGAAGCGGCUUACACUCUUCAAAGAGGGUUUGAAGCUUUGAAACUUGACGAGGACCCUCGGAAACGAGCCGAUCUGCUCCGUUAUAUCGACAACAUGGAUAAAACUCUGAUAACGGCCGUGAUUCGAAUAUUUUAUUUGUAUUCUUCUCUAUUAAAUGUGGCAGACGAAGCGCAUAGUCAUCGUGGCCGACGAGAGCAGGUCUGGGCUAGCAUGAAUGCGACACCAUUAUGGUACGCUUCCUUUGACCAUACAUUAAGGUUAUUUAGGAAGGCCGAUGUCGGACCUCGCGAUCUUCAGAGCUUACUCGACCGAUGUGAGUACAAUCCAGUUUUCACAGCCCAUCCCACAGAAGCUCGGCGGAGGGAGAUCCUUACAUGCUUGCACAGAAUAUUUGAGCUGUGCAGUUCACGAGAGGACCCAAGGUUGAGUCCAGCACAGAAAACGGAAAUUGAGGCUGAAGUAGAAGCUGAGAUUGAGAUUCUGUGGAGGACAGAUGAGAUGCGUCAACAGAAACCAACUGUAAUGGAGGAGAUUAUGACGGGCCUGGACUAUUUUCGAUUUUCACUUUUUGAAGCUGUCUGCACCACUUACCGAUAUGCCGAGAAUUCGUUGAACCAUGUGUAUCCGAACUCAGGCGUGAAGAUUCCUAGCUUUAUAAAGUUCGGUUCGUGGAUUGGUGGUGACCGUGAUGGAAACCCAUUUGUUUUGCCAGAGACUACUGUGAUGGCAGCCCUAUUGGCGAGCAGGCUUAUUAUUGCCGAGUAUAUUCGACGGUGUCGCAUCUGCCAGGAUACCUUGACGCACUCUUUACUGAUUUGCGAGGUGGCACCCGAAUUACUAGAAAGUUUAGAAGAAGACAAAAAAGUGAUGCAAAAGAUUCCAGCACUCCGACAUCAAAUCGCAUCUUUUGAGCAGGAACCUUAUCGUUUAAAACUGCGCGUUAUUAGACAUCGUUUGGAGCAGAUACUUCGAAGUGUCAAUGCUCGCCUACGUGAACUGGGAGGAAGUAAUUACAGCGAUGAGUUGCUGAUCGACAUAGAGUACAACAUCGAUGAAAUACCUGGACUUGACCCGAAAGAGGGCGCAUACGCCAAUGAGGAGGGAUUUCUGCACGACUUGAAGUUGAUUGACAAAUCUCUCCGUGCCUGUGGAGACGAUCGACUUGCCGACAGCAAGCUAAAAGACCUCAUCCGACUCGGAGAAACCUUCGGAUUUCAUCUAUGUUCACUUGAUGUUCGUCAAGAGUCGACCGUUCACAGCAAGGCCGUUGGAGAGUGUAUGCAGCUGUUGGGCAUGACCGAGGACUACGAGUCAUUAUCUGAGUCAGACAAGAUACAGAAACUUGCAGAAGCUUUAUGUCUGCCCCCACCUGUAGACAAGCUUGAAGCAUUGGAGGAGAAAAUGACAGAGUCCACACAACAGGUUCUUGGAAUUUGUAAAGCCGUCGCAGAAAUAAUGAAUACCAUAUCAAAGAAAGCUAUUUCCUCUUACGUUAUCUCGAUGACUCGUCAGGCGUCACACGUCUUGGAGGUGUUGUUCCUAUCAUGGUUGACAUGCCAAGGUCUAACUGAGAGGAAGGUUUCGGGAGAAUGGCAAGCUAAAUUGGUGGUUUCUCCCUUAUUUGAGACCAUUCCGGAUCUGGAGCACAUGCCGGAAGCAUUGGAACAGCUUCUUGGCAACAGUACGUAUAUGUCAAUACUAGAGGCAACUGGUGGUGUUCAGGAGGUGAUGCUUGGAUACUCAGAUUCUUGUAAAGAUGGAGGUAUAGCAGCUAGUGCCUUCAACCUGUACAAAGCUCAGGAGGUAAUACGGAAAAUUACGAAGGAGGCGGGUGUAAAGUCUCGCAUCUUUCAUGGUCGUGGUGGUACUGUGGGUCGAGGAGCUGGCCCGACACACGAAAGUAUCCUCGCUCAGCCUCCAGGCAGCGUAGAUGGGAAAAUCAAGUUCACUGAGCAAGGUGAAGUUAUCACAUAUCGUUACGGAAACUCACCAACGGCUGCCUAUGAGCUGACGGUAGGAAUAACUGGUCUUUUGAAGGCUAGUCAUCCCUCCUUACGUACCAAGAUGGUCGACAACGCCAAGUACUUCCAAAUUAUGGACAAGGUGGCUGAUUAUGCAGAGAAGCAUUAUCGAGAACUCACAGACAAGACGGAGGGCUUCUACGACUAUUUCUAUGAAGCCACCGUGGUAAAUGAAGUUGCUCUUAUCAACAUCGGUAGCAGGCCUUCUCGUCGAAAAGCGGCAGUCCGAGACAAGACAUCCUUGCGUGCUAUCCCCUGGGUGUUUGGGUGGGCCCAGUCUCGCCAUACUCUUCCAGCUUGGUAUGGUGUCGGUAGUGGACUUUUGGGUUACACUCAAAAUGACCCGGCACUUAUUCGAGAGCUUCAAAUUAUGUACAACGAAUGGCCUUUCUUCCGCAACUUUCUUUCUAAUGUUCAGAUGUCGUUGUUUAAAGCGUCUAUGGAAAUUGCGCAAGAAUACGCCCGCCUUUGCAGGAACCGAAUCACCGAAAGGCUCGUGUACGACUUGGUGGCCCAUGAGUUCCAACUGACUGUCGAGCAGAUCCUGAUGGUAUCACAACAAAGUCAGCUUCUAGAAGACAAUCCAUCGCUGGAGAGAUCGUUCGACACUCGACGGAAGUAUCUCGACCCUUUGAACCACAUACAGGUAAUCUUGUUGGGAAGGAGGAGGGACCCCACCUUGUCUGAAGAUCGUAUUAAAUUCUGGGAGAAGCCACUAUUACGGACAAUCAAAGCCAUCGCUAGCAACAUGCGGAAUACUGGCUGAUGUGCUGGUUCAGAAACACCAACACCUGUCCUCUUUAUGUUGCUUCUCCAUCUGAAUGAUCGAUCGUCAGUCGCGGUGGUUCCAUGAAGUUCGGAGCCGAGCUAAUUGUACUUAGCGUAUGGAUGGAGAUAUAAGAGCUGAUGAGUUUUUCCCCCGACAACUGACGACUUUCGGUAACGUCUGAAGGAUCUGUCAUGUGCGUGUGUAGAGUGUAGAGUGUUCCAUAAGCGUAGCUGGUAACUGAGCGACCGUGUAGGCAUUGUGAUGGUGACUUGGUCACAGUGGCGUCCUCGAAUGGUCCAGAGCCGAAGCCAAGCAAAUUUUCGAUUUCCUCAUCUAAUAAAGUUUACCUAGAACCAAUUCUCCCGAGUUUUUCUCCUCUCCCAGAUGAAUUUCUUCGAGCAGAAUUUCUCGCU